AGUCCGUUGUCAGCACGGCAACUUAGAAUCCAACUUUAUACCAAAAGUGCCGAAGCCUUCAACUUUAGCUGAGGUUUCAUCCAUAGAUGUCAUGUCUGCAAGCAGGCCGAACUGCGAGGUCCGAUGUGCGCUGGAUGACACUGGAAUGCUUUGAUAAUCACACAGAUAUUUGAUUGCUAACCCAUAACCCAUCUGCACUAUGACUACAGCUGACUACAGCUUGCCCGCUUGCGAUAUCAGCUCUUUUCCAUUUAGGUAUAAGUAUUUGAUUUUGUACACGUUUAGACUUCGAUGAUCACCGCCUUGACGAUCACUGCUUAAGAAACAUACUUAGAGCUCUCUCAGACUUCACUCAACAUUAUUUGCACAGCUUCCUUUUUCUCAAGAUGUCUCCUGCAAUUCCCAAAGAUUCCACGGUCCUUGUUACCGGCGUCAACGGCUACAUUGGAUCUCACGUCGCUGAUCAACUACUCAAAGCAGGAUAUCGAGUAAGAGGUACUACGAGAGAUGCUUCCAAGGUGAAGAAAUUACUCAACCUUUGGGAGGAGCAAUAUGGAAAAGAUAGAGUGGAGGUGGCAGUUGUACCAAACAUGGCCAAUGAAGGAGCUUUUGAUGAAGCUGUGAAGGGUGUAACUGGAAUUGCACAUGUAGCAUCAAACUUGUCUUUCUCACCAAACCCAAAUAAUGUUAUUCCAGAAUGUCUCGCUGGUGUAAAUGGUCUUCUUAAAUCUGCAGCCGCAGAACCAAGCGUUAAACGUUUCGUCAUUACGUCCUCGGCCAUAGCCGCAACAAGUCCGAAGCCCAACAAGGAAUUCUAUAUCGAUGAAAAUACAUGGAAUGAUGAAGCUGUCGAAGCAGCGCAUGCCCCACCACCAUAUGAGCCCUCGAGAACAUGGGCUGUCUACGGUUCUAGUAAAGUUGAGACCGAGCGAGCGGUAUGGAACUUCGUGAAGGAAAAGAAACCAGGCUUUGUAGCCAAUGCCGUCCUCCCAGACACUGUCAUGGGUUUGGUUUUAGAUCCAACACAAGGUUCUACCGGUGGCAUUAUUCGACAACUUUACUUGGGGGAUAACUCCAUGAUGAAAGACCUUCCUCCUCAGUAUUUCAUAGAUGUACAGGAUGUAGGUCGUCUUCACGUCUCUGCUUUAAUCGAUGAGGAUGUGAAGAAUGAGAGGUUAUUUGCUUUUGCCAAACCAUUCAACAAUAACAUUUUAUUGAGAACUUUCCGCAAACUUCGACCCGAUGCCAAAAUCAUGGAUGACUUUCAUGAUGAUAGUAUCAACGAUUUAUCCAAGGUUGCUAAUCAAAGAGCCGAAGAGCUUUUGAAAAGGGACUUUGGGCGUGCUGGUUUUACCAGCUUGGAGGAAUCUUUGGCCAACAAUAUUCAAGGACUCUGAGUUUUGAUAUAAUGGAAUGGGAAGAUGAGCCGAGUCUUGAUUGUUGUUAUUGAAAUAUAUCAUUGUUGUUUUUGCUUGUUUUUUUUCUCUGUGACUUCAGACUUUGAUGGAAUGUACUUGAGUACCUAGGUAUCUAUAGUGGACUUUCCUCUAGUAUCAAUUGAUAACAUUACCAAUAACCUUUUGUCUUGCUUUUCAACACGAGUUUUG